GCUCCUUUAUAGGCAGAGCAGAGGAGCUGAGAGAUCAGAACGCCUGCAGAGCACACACAGAGGACUACACAGCACUGCAGAAGACAGGACUUACCCCAGGCACAAGGAGAUAAAUUACCACAUUAAUCAGAAUGGGGGUAAUGAGAGGAAUAUUUCUGCUAGUCAUGUUGGCUGUCCCUCACACAAAGCAAGCUUCAGAGAAUGGAGCAGAUGACAACAGUGUAUUUGACCUGUUUGAGUUAACUGGACUCAACCGUAUGUUCGGUAGUCGUAAAGCCUUAGGAGUCCUUUUAGCAAAAGGUCCAGAUCCAUCAAGCCCGGCUUACAAAAUUGUAAAUCCUAGUAAGAUACCACCAAUUCCAGAUGAUAAAUUCCAAGAUUUGCUGGAUGCUAUUCGAGCUGAACGGGGUUUUAUCUUGUUGGCAACCUUGAAACAAACAAAGAAAACUAGAGGAGCCCUGUUGUCUAUUGAGAGAAAAGAUGGCAAAGGGCAUGUCUUUAGUAUAACCUCCAAUGGUGAAGCUAGAACACUAGACUUGAGUAUGAGUGAAAACGACAAACAGCAGGUAGUGUCUGUUGAGGAAGCUAGGCUGUCCACCGGCCACUGGAAGAACAUUACCCUAUUCAUCCAAGAAGAUCGAGCUCAGCUCUAUGUGGGAUGUGACAAGAUGGAAAAUGCUGAGCUGGAGAUGCCUAUCCAUCAUGUUCUCAAUGGGGAUUUGGCAAGCACUUACCAACUUAGGGUGGCAAAAGAAGGAGUGAAAGACAACUUUCAGGGUGUGCUGCAAAACCUGCGAUUUGUGUUUGGAACCAGCAUGGAUGUGAUUCUUAGAAACAAAGGCUGCUCCAGCUCAAACUAUGACCUGGAAAAUGCAGUCAAUGACUCUCGCCCAGCAAUCCGCACCAAUUACAUUGGUCACAAGACAAAAGACUACAAUGGUGUAUGUGGUCUUUCCUGCGACGACCUGAACAAUAUGUUUUCGGAAAUGAAAGGUAUACGGGUUGUCAUCUCAACUCUUAAGGACAGAAUCCAAAAACUGGGAGAGGAAACUAAGAUGCUUGCUAGUGUGGCACCAGGCUGUUUACAUAAAGGAGUGAAAUACAACAAUAUGGAUGAGUGGACCGUAGAUAGUUGCACUGAAUGUACAUGCCAGAAUUCUGUAACCAUUUGCCAUAAGGUCUCUUGCCCCUUUGUUCCCUGUACCAACGCCACUAUUCCAGACGGUGAAUGCUGCCCCAGAUGUUGGCCAAGCGAUUCUCCUGAUGAUAGUUGGUCCCCAUGGUCUGAUUGGACUCCAUGCUCAGCGACAUGUGGUCAUGGCAUUCAACAGAGAGGAAGAUCUUGCGAUAGUCUUAAUAACAACUGUGAAGGGUCUUCAGUCCAAACUAGGUCUUGCCAUAUCCAAGAAUGUGAUAAGCGAUUUAAGCAAGACGGUGGAUGGAGUCAUUGGUCUCCUUGGUCAUCAUGUUCUGUGUCCUGUGGAAUUGGUCAGAUCACUAGAAUCCGUCUUUGCAACUCACCUGUUCCCCAGUUGAAUGGCAAGUCAUGUGUUGGAGAAGGAAGGGAGAACAAGCCAUGCCAGAAGGAUCCUUGCCCAAUUGAUGGCCUGUGGGGACCAUGGUCACCCUGGGAUAUAUGUUCCCUGACCUGCGGAGGCGGUAUGCAGAAACGUGAGCGUAUUUGUAACAACCCCAAGCCCCAGUAUGGUGGUAAAGAUUGCAUUGGAGAAAAUGUUGACAGCCAGAUCUGUAACAAAGAAGACUGCCCUAUUGAUGGCUGUCUAUCCAAUCCCUGCUUUGCUGGAGUUAAAUGCACAAGCUUCAUUGAUGGAACUUGGAAAUGUGGUUCUUGCCCAACCGGCUACAGAGGAAAUGGUGUUGAGUGUACAGACAUUGACGAGUGCAAGGAGGUGCCUGAUGCCUGCUUUAACCUCAAUGGAGUGCACAGAUGUGAGAACACAGAGCCAGGGUACAACUGUCUCCCAUGCCCUCCACGGUACUCUGGCACCCAACCGUUUGGCAAAAGUAUUGAAGAUGCCAAUGCAAAGAAACAGGUCUGCAAGCCACAGAACCCUUGCGCUGAUGGAACACACAACUGCAACAAGAAUGCAAGAUGCAUCUACCUUGGCCAUUACAGUGACCCCAUGUUCCGCUGUGAAUGCAAACCAGGGUAUGCUGGCAAUGGUAUCAUUUGUGGUGAAGACACAGAUCUGGAUGGGUGGCCAAAUGAGGACCUCGUUUGUGUUGCUAAUGCUACCUAUCAUUGUAAAAAGGAUAACUGCCCUACCCUCCCCAACUCCGGCCAAGAAGACUAUGAUAAAGAUGGAAUUGGAGAUGCUUGUGAUAGUGACGAUGAUAAUGAUGGAAUCCCAGAUGAUAGGGAUAACUGUCCACUUAUAUACAACCCUGCUCAGUAUGACUAUGAUCGUGAUGACGUGGGUGAUCGUUGUGACAAUUGCCCAUACAACCACAACCCUGACCAAGCUGACACAGAUUCCAAUGGAGAAGGAGAUGCCUGUGCCAUUGAUAUCGAUGGAGAUGGUAUACUUAAUGAGAAAGACAACUGCCCCUAUGUCUAUAAUGUAGACCAGAAGGAUACCGAUAAAGACGGUGUUGGAGAUCAAUGCGACAACUGUCCAUUGGAGCACAAUCCAGAACAGACUGACUCUGACUCUGAUCUUAUUGGAGAUAAGUGUGACAGCAAUGAAGAUAUAGAUGAAGAUGGUCAUCAGAAUAAUCUGGACAAUUGCCCAUAUAUUCCAAAUGCCAAUCAAGCUGAUCACGACAAAGACGGCAAAGGAGACGCUUGUGAUCAUGAUGAUGACAAUGAUGGUAUUCCAGAUGACAAAGACAACUGCAGACUGGUGCCCAACCCUGAUCAGAUCGAUAGUAAUGGUGAUGGACGUGGUGAUGUCUGUCAAUUUGACUUUGAUAAUGACAACAUCCCAGACGCAGAAGAUGUUUGCCCAGAAAAUGUACAUAUUAGUACAACCGAUUUCCGUAAAUUCCAAAUGGUGCCUUUGGAUCCUAAAGGAACAUCUCAGAUUGAUCCCAACUGGAUGGUCAGACACUUUGGCAAAGAGUUGGUUCAGACUGUUAACUGUGACCCCGGCAUUGCAGUUGGUUUCGAUGAGUUUAGUGCGGUAGACUUCAGUGGCACCUUCUUCAUUAACACUGAGCGUGACGAUGAUUAUGCUGGCUUUGUGUUUGGCUACCAAUCCAGCAGCCGAUUUUAUGUGGUCAUGUGGAAACAAAUAACCCAAACUUAUUGGGACCUGACUCCUACCAAGGCUCAGGGAUACUCUGGUCUCUCCAUUAAAGUUGUGAACUCAACAACUGGGCCAGGAGAGCAUUUGCGUAAUGCUUUAUGGCAUACUGGAAACACAGCAGGACAGGUUCGUACUUUGUGGCAUGACCCUCGUAAUACAGGGUGGAAAGAUUUCACAGCUUACAGAUGGCACUUAAUCCACAGACCAAAGACUGGAUUCAUUCGUGUUGUUAUGUAUGAAGGGAAAAAAAUCAUGGCCGACUCAGGACCGAUUUACGAUAAGACAUAUGCUGGAGGAAGACUAGGUCUUUUUGUCUUCUCACAAGAGAUGGUGUUUUUCUCAGAUCUGAAAUAUGAAUGUAGAGAUUCAUAAAUCCAGAUCUUAUGCAUUCAGUGAAUGUUAAGAAACCUCAUAGCACCUUCAUAUAUGUUAGAUUUGUUCCAUCUCUUGGACAAUUUCUUACAUCCCUUUUUUUUGUUUUGGUAUUAUUUUUUUCUUCUGGAACAAAAGAUCAACUCCAAGAACCUAAAAGGAUCGGACAAGACCUUAAUGUAUUGUUUUGCUCAGUGUGAAACCUUGGGGUCGUUCUCCAUUUUUUUCCAAGUCUACCAAGGUACUAAAGACUUUCUCCUACAAGUGCCUCAAGGAAACGUUCCUACAGAAGGAAACAUUUUGAUCAGAAAUGAAUGUUUUUGAAUGUUGGGAAAUAAAAAGAAAAAUAACAUUUCCCAAAUUCUGAGGGCUAUACAAUAAUAUCAGAACCAAACAACCAAGAAACUACUAAUGCACAAACUGAUAUUUUACUGGAGUGGUUGCUUGACCACAGAAGAGCAGAGUUGCAAUAAUUCAGGAAAAGAGGUGUUUUUUUUAGUUUAUUUUUUAUUUUUCAAGACAACAUCCUGUCAUUGUCUAUGGAGUCACCAAGAUUGAUACAUGGUAUACCGAUGUAGCUAUGGUAGCGUUGCGGCUGAUCCAUGUGAAGGAAUGGCCAUUGUGGACAAAAGUAUCACUGCCUGGAUGAUAGUAUCUGAAUGUAGUAUGUGGAGUGUUUCAAUGUGUGUCAGAUAAACCUUUUUUAUUAUUUUUUUGGGAACGGAUAUAAAAUGCACUUCUUCCAGCAUUUUGCAAAAAAUAAAACAUUGUAAGAUGCUCGAUAUCAUGCAUUUCUGUUGGUGCAAGAAUAAAAAGUCAAGUAGAAAAAUAUUGCAUUGUCAAAAACAACUCAUGGCAUACAUUCCGAGAUACAGGUAUAAAUAAAAUAAAUUAUUUUUAUUUUUUUAAAGAAUUACAGGAUGCAUGGUAAUGAUGUUGUUCUUACCUGUCAGACAGGGGUAGAUUGGACUGGUUCUCCAUGUGACUAGGUCUUUCUGUUUUCAGCUGUAUUAUAGACGGCUACAUAGUACGUGGAGAACCAGAGGGAGAGCAAGGCAAGAGGGGUGGAGAAUUUAGGUACAGUGCACUCUCUGUGCAAAAUGUAAAAAUGCAAACCAUAUGUCUGCCUCUAUACAGUAAUAUAACACCCUAAUUACGCCACGGCAGGUAGACAGUAUUCUGCGGCAAAAAAACAAGAGUAAGCCAACAGAUGAAACCUUCAUGUACAAAUAUUACCUCAUUGUGUGACUGAGAAACAGAAAAAUGUCUUGGAUUCGAGAUGAAAGAAAAGAAAUCGAGAGAUAUUUAAAAGACAAAAAACAUUUUAAAUCUACUGUAGUGUUAAUCAGUUGUGUAUAUAAUUACAAUGACUUUGUAACCCCCAGGAAAGUAUUUUUUCAUUUUUGUUUUAUGUAUUAAAGAGUAUUGUAAUAUUUUUUCUAUAUUUUAGUAAAUCCAUUGCUUUUUUUUGUAUAAAUGAUUUUUUUAUUUUGUAUUGCUGUUUAGUGUUAUGGGUUAUUAUAAUUUUUUUUUUGUAGAUAUGCUAUUUAAAUAAUUUAUGAGGAAACGCUUCUGUAGUGUCCUUGCUCCUAUUUGUACAAACCGUUUUGCACUUGAAGAGGAGAGCUUUGCAAUAUCUGUCCCAUUCUUUUUGUUUUGUAAUAUCCGUGUAUACUAUUUGUAAGAAAGAGAGAACUAUGCCUUUUGUACACAUUUGAAAUGUUACAGUGUUUUGUGUAAAUUGUACAGAGAAUAAUGUCGUCAAAUAUGAAAUAAAUUUUUAAAUCUAG